UGAUGCAAAAACUUAAACAUACCUUAGUUACCUUUAAAUUAUGCCCUUUUUGUAUGAGAGUGCUGGCUUUAAUGUGUUAUAAGAACAUUAAAUUUGAGAUAAAAUUCAUUGAAAUGUAUUGUAAACCUGAAUGGUUUGUUAAGAUAAGUCCAUUAUCUAGAGUACCAAUAUUAAUGAUUGGAGAUGAUAGUAUAUAAUUAUAUAAUUUAGUUGUUUUAUUUGAAUCUGAUGCAAUUAUGGAAUACAUUGAUGAAAUUUCACCUCCAUAGAUUAUGCCAUCUGAUCCAAUAUAAAAAGCUUUAGAUAGAGGAAAAUUCGAAUAUGCAAGUGAAAUAAUGAAAAACAUGUCUAUUUUUGUUUUUAGUCAAGAUGAAGAGGUAUUUAUAAUAUAUAUAUAUGUAAAAAGAAAUUCUUUAAACACAAGGAAUUAUUAAAAACAAAUUUUGAAUAAGUAGAAAAAUGGUUAGAUGAUAAAAAAUAUAUGAAUGGGGAAUAAAUUUCACUUGUUGAUUUUUGUUUUAUUCCCAUAUUUGUAAAUUUAAGUGUUUUUAAACCUAUAAUUUAGUAAUGUGAAUUAACAAAGAAUUUUACAAGAGUAUUAAUUCAUUAUACAUAUAUUAGUUUAAUAAAUAUGGAGAGAAUCUAUUAUAACUUCCAUGUUCUAAAGCAGGUAGAGUACCAGAUUAUGAAUUACUUGUAGUUGAAGGUGUCAAAAAGGUUAAUAGUUACUUAUAUAGAUCAAAUCCUUGUUUUUUUAAAAGUUUACAAUAGAAUAACAAUUUGUUAUAAGGAAAAUGA